UUCUGGGAUGUAUACGAUCAGGAAGCAGAAGAGUUUGACAAAUCAUUCGUUCAGAAGUAUGCCUCGUAUUUGGACAAUAGUCUGAUUUUCGCAGGUCUUUUUUCAGCCGUCAAUAGUGCUUUCUUGGGGGCAAUGCUCCCUAACCUGAGCCCUGUUCCCAGCGACACGACAAAUGCCUUAUUAAUGAUGAUAUACCAUCAACUCAAUCAUACCGCAUUCCCAGGGCAAGUCCUGAGUCUUCCCUCGUGGGAUGGCCCCCUUUGGAUUACCGUCUGGACACAGACCCUCUUGUAUGCCAGUCUCUCAGCCAGUCUUCUGGCUGCUCUUGGAGCUGUCUUGGGCAAGCAGUGGCUGGGGGACUACCGAGACAACACACGAGGUCCCCGUGAAUCUCGUCGCAUGAGGCGGCAGCUCAAAGUCGAUGGGCUCGAAACUUGGCACUUUGAAGCUGGCCUUCGUGCCAUACCUGCAUUACUGAAGCUUUUCCUGCUGCUCUUCGGCAUGGGUCUUGGGGGUAUCUAUGGAUCCAGCAAUGCACUGUAG